AUGGCGGUGAGAUGCAAGACUCAGACGCUGCAGGUUAUAGACACGGAGUACAGCGCCGACGCUGCGGAGUGGUGUCCCCUCGACGGCUGGAGUAAUAUCCUGGCGUGUGGAACGUACCAGCUGAAAAAGCCAGACGGCGGGUCCGGCGAGCAGGAGAGCGACAGUCCGCACACGCGGCUUGGGCGCCUGUAUCUGUAUCGCUUCUCUCCAAACCAGCCGUUCUCUCCGGUGACUGAACUACAGAGGAUGGAAACGGCUGCCAUACUGGACAUGAAAUGGUGCCACUUGCCGGUAGCAGACUAUCCCACGCUGGGUGUUGCCGAUGCAAAGAGCUCCCUGGGAUUGUACCGGCUCAGAAGCGGUAAGGAGAGCUGCAGGGUGGAACCCGUCUGUAGCCUUGGCCUUGGAGACGAGUGUCUGGCUCUGUCUCUUGACUGGUCCUCUGGGAGAAGAGAGAGCGGGUGCCCUCUCAAGAUAGUCUGUAGUGACUCCAAGGGUAGGUUGAGCCUUCUGCUGGUGGAGGAAUCGGCACCAUCCCUGGACAUCUCGUGUCAGUGGGAAGCUCAUGAGUACGAGGCGUGGAUAGCUGCCUUCAACUACUGGAGCCCUGAUGUGGUUUACUCAGGUGGAGAUGACUGUUUGCUGAAGGGCUGGGACACCAGAACUCAACCGGACAGCCCCAUAUUCACCAGCAGAAGGCACUCAAUGGGAGUCUGCAGCAUCCAGAGUAACCCUCACAGGGAGAACGUGCUGGCAACAGGAAGCUACGACGAGCACGUCCUCCUGUGGGAUACGAGGCAGAUGAAGAGACCGACGUCCGACACGCACGUCCAGGGUGGUGUGUGGAGGCUGAAGUGGCAUCCUAGCCAGGGAAACCUCCUGCUUGCAGCCUGCAUGCACAACGGCUUUCACAUCCUGGACAGCGACCACCAACCGGAAGAAUGUGCCGUCCUGUCAUCUUACGUUCUGCACAACUCCUUGGCUUACGGUGCAGACUGGUCCAGACUGCGUCCUCAGGCUUCCUUACUAGCUAACCAGGAUCCGACGCCCCCCCAGCCCGGCGGACCAUCCAGGCUGAGCAGUUCAGAUAGUAAAGUCCACAAGAUGGACGGCGCUACCCAGAACCUGAAGAUUUUCUAUGAGUCCCCGACGGCCAGCUUUGACGUGGUCAUUGAGGAUGACAAUGGAGAGUAUGUGCCUGACUCAUGUCCGGAGAAGAAAGAGGCUCCGUCGGCUGCUCUGGAAGGCCAGUCUGACUCUGCCGUGGCCACUGCCUGCGAAUAUGGGACUCCAGAGAGCAGCCUGGUGGCUACCUGUUCAUUUUAUGACCACGUUCUCCAUGUCUGGAGGUGGGAAUCCCAGAGAUCUCUGAUAACAGAGUGACUCCCAACUCCAGCCUGACCAAAUAUUAUUCAGAGACACUGCGACACUUCAUAUAACGUAUGUUAAGGAGCACACUGUGGCUUAUCCAGGUCUUGGCCUGUUUUACCUGCAUUUAACGACGGAAAAUUCUGGACACUUUAAUUCUGAUAUAUCCUGACAGGCGGCUCGCAUGUUCUAAGCCCAGCUUAGGGCAGCUACCAUGGUUACAAAAUGCACAGAUUAGAAAGAACUAAAUCAGGUUCCUUAAGCAAUAAUGGCAGAGAUAGAGAAAGGUCUAUCUGUAUAUUUUCCAUAUGUGCUAUAGACAGCUGUUUUAGUUAUUACAGGUUCAUUGAUCUACCUCCUU